AAAUAAGUGCACAAACAAUAAUCAUUUAAAAACAUCGUGGCAUAACUUUAAUACUGUUUUCAAGUCAUUAUUUAUAAGUAAACAUUAUGUCUACCAAAAAUUUUCUAACUAUUCCAAAGAAAUUAUUAUUUUUAUCUCCACAAGCGUUAGGAAAAUCACCAACAAAAAUCAAAUAUUUUUCUCCUCAAGUGAAUAAAGUUUCAAGAAGUACUAAAACAUAUGCAGUCAGAAAAUUGUAUUUUGGAACAACUUUUAAUAAUGUAAAUAAAGUAAACAACCGUAAUGUUUCUGAAUUUCAACAUAAUCGAUUAGCGCUAAAUCUAGAUUCACCCACUAAGAAAACAAUUUGCUUGCAAGGAAUAACUUGCCCGAAUCAGUGUAUUAUUUUGGGCCGUGGAAUGUUUGGGAUUACAUUAAAAGCAAUAUACAAUGGUCAAUUUGUAACAGCAAAAAAUACAGCUAGCUAUACAGCACCAGAAUUAUUUUUAGGCGAUAAACCAACUAAAAAAUGUGAUAUAUAUUCACUCGGAAUAGUGUUUUGGGAAAUACACAAUCAGCAAAUGCCUUAUGAAGGCUUUCUUCCAGAUUACGUUUGUAAACAUAAACUGCGGCCCAUUACCACAAAUUUCGAAAGUAAACAUUUUAUUAAAUUAUAUAAGAUUUGCUGGUCUGAAGUACCCAAUAUUCGUCCAAGUAUAGUUGAAUUAAGAAAACUAUUAAAAAAUUUGUGA